AGAGCACUGAGCAAUGCAGUGAUAUGCAAACACACACAGAGCGAGGGAGCAGUAAAAGUCUACAGCUUUCAUCCGGACCCCUGUUUGUUUUCACCCCUUUCCCUUUAUUUUUGCUUUUUUUUGUUGUUUUAUUAAGAAGCAAACAUUGCUACAGCCGGUCGCUACGACAACACCCCAAGGAAGAAUGUCUAGAGUUGGGCUCAGGAGGAGGCGACGGUGGUGUCGAGCGAUCCCAUGGACCCCGCUUGGCCUGCUGCUGUGCCUGGUGGGGGCCUCAGUGGCCCGGUGGGUCCCUAAAAUACCCCACUGUCCCCCAACCUGCUCCUGCACCAAGGACAACGCCUUCUGUGUGGACACCAAGGCAAUUCCCAAGAGCUUCCCGCAGGGCAUCAUCUCCCUCACCAUGAUAAACGUGGGUUUUACUGAGAUCCCAGCGGGAUCCUUCUCACACCUGCACCUGCUCCAGUUCCUGCUGCUGAACUCCAACACGUUCACUUUGAUCGCCAAUGACGCCUUCGCUGGCCUCACACACCUGCAGUACCUGUUCAUAGAGAACAAUGACAUCCAAACCCUUUCCACACACACCUUCAGAGGACUCAAAUCCCUCAUUCACCUGUCUCUGUCCAAUAACAACCUUCGGGUUCUUCCUCGAGAUCUCUUCAGGCACCUGGACAUCCUGACAGACCUGGACCUUCGGGGGAAUUCCCUACUGUGUGAUUGCAAGAUGAAGUGGCUGGUUGAGUGGAUGGGCAGGACCAACACCUCAGUACCACCAAUGGUCUGUGCUGACCCACUCGAGUUCCGGGGCCGUCGGAUCCGUGACCUUGUGCCUGAGGAUUUCCACUGCAUGAGUGCAGACUUUGCAGUGUAUGAAACCUUCCCUUUCCAGUCAGUGUCUGUGGAGUCCUACACCUUAAAUGGAGACCUGUUCGUCGUGUUUGCACAGCCUUACACGGGAAUCUGCACACUGUAUGCGUGGGACGACAUGGGGCAGGCCUUCAGGAAGCACUACAACAUCACUUCUCAUUCAGCCAUCCACUGCAAACCUGUAGUCAUCAAUAACAUGGUGUUUUUGGUGCUGGCUCAGCUUUUUGGGGGAUCCUACAUUUACAAGUGGGAAGAAGCUUCCCAACACUUUGUAAAGAUCCAGGACAUCGACACAGCCCGUGUCCUGAAGCCUAACUUCGUGGAGACUUUCCAGCUGGAAGAUGAUUUAUUUUUUGUGAUGGCUGACAGCUCCAAAGCUGGCUUGACCACCCUGUACCGCUGGAACGGCAAUGGCUUCUACUCCUACCAGUCUCUGCACCCAUGGCACCGUGACACACACGUGGAGUUCCUAGAGGUAGACGGCACGCCGUGGCUGAUUUUGUCCAGCAUCUCCCAGCCUCCAGCUAUCUACAAAUGGAACCGGAGCCGGCGCCAGUUUGCCUUCUCUGGUCACCUGCCCGAUGCGGCAGAUGUGUGGAUGGUGAGGCAUUUCAAUGUCAGCGGUACGCUCUACCUGUGCCUUGGGCGCUUCAUUGGUGACUCUCAUGUGCUGCGCUGGGAGGGUCAGCAAUUCGUGGAAGUUCAAACGCUGCCGUCUCGUGGCUCCAAGGCUGCGUUACCCUUUACUGUUGAUGGCCGCCAAUAUCUGGUCCUGGGCAGUGAUUACUCCUUUUCCAGGGUUUAUCUGUGGGACAAAGAGGAGCAACGCCUCUGGCCCUUUCAGGAGCUCAAUGUCCGUGCACCUCGGGCCUUUAGCCUAAUCUCCAUCAAAAAUCAGGAUUUUCUGUUUGCAGCCAGCUUCAAGGGUAAAACUUUAGUCUAUGAACACUUGAUGGUAGACCUCAGUGCCAAGUAGACCUAGGAAUAACUAACUGGUGAUUCUAUGCAUUGAGUGUGUGUGUGUACUACAAUAGAUGUCUGGAAUAUAGAGUGAUAUAUAGAGAGUCAUAAAGUGUGUUAGAGUGGAUUCUUAGUCUGGGGGAUGCGACAUGAAGUGACAGAUUUACUCAAGUUGCUCAGAAAUAGUCGUGAAAUUCCAUUACUCUUAUGAUAAAAACAUCUGAAUAUUUGAGUACAGCCAGCAGGGUAACUGUGCAAUCAGCAUUUUAUACUAUACAGUCAGGAAACUAAGUAGUUAACAUUAAGUAGUUAACUAAGUAGUUGACAUCCUGAUGUCAUGGAGUAAGUACAAACAGGUUUGUUCGGGCCUGAAAGGCUUUAUUAAUGUUGCAGAGUGGAAUCAUAGAUUUUCAUGUGCUGUCUUGCCUUCAACAUUCACUGUAGAAGGCAGCCAGUCAAUAUGAGAGCUAAAUAAAGUAAUAGUUUAAGCUUUUAUCUCAUCUAACCGUGAGGCUGCUGUGCCUUUUAACUGCGUAUGAGUGUGUUGGUGGGUGUCUCAGCUCGCCGCUCUUCAAAUCAGAAAGUAUGUACGUCUCUUGUCACAUGCUGAAGAAUAAUUUCCAUACGUAGUUUUGUAGUACACGCAGCAGUCACAUCUUCAGUCGGUUGUCAUUGGAAGUUCCCUACUGCUGGAGUGAUGUGAGUAUCUCGCAGCUGUAGGUGGUGGCUGGGUGGAUAGCGGGUUACACUUGGUAUUUUUGGGCAAUGGCGUGUAUGCUGGAGUAUGUGAAUAAAGUGCGUGUUUCCUUCAAAUAAACUAGAAAUGAAGAAAAGAAUGCAUCCAACAAGACAAAUGACAACAUGACAGCAAGUCAGUGAAUUUAGCUUCAGUAAAUUUAAGUUACCCUACGGAAUGUAUCUGUGUCUUACAAUAGAUUCCAUUUUCAUCAGUGUGUAUCUCACUUAGUGUUGAAGAAUACAGUAAGAGGACAUGAAGCAUGAAAGUGGGAGGAAUCAAUAUUCGCCAUCCCACAUGUUUCUGAAACUAAUUUACAUACUUUACUUAGUCCUGAAGGACAGGCGAUCUUCAACAUUAAUGCAUGAAAUUAACUCUUUGAGAUUUAAUAAUGUAUUUUUUUCUUGUAUACAAUAUCAUUUUGUAUAUGUGGGACAGUAAAUAACAUGAGAAAAUGCAUCUUGUAGAGUGUUUGCUAAAACACACUGUUUAUCAUACUGUUACAUCAUACUGUACAGUCUAUUUUUUUUAACAACGCCAAAAAAACUUUCCUUCCUUUGUUUUCUCUUGCCACUGGGUCUUCCUUAGUUAUUUCUCAGCCAAAAUACAACAAUACAAGAAGGCAUGUUGGUGUGAAAAUAAAUUAUCAUAGAAAUAAAAUCACUCUAUUAAAAAUA